GCAGCCCGCGCCACUGGGUGUAGCGUCAUGACCAGCAGAAGGGCUCUGAUCUGCGGCUGCUGGCUGCUGCUCCUCGGCCCACGCCUCGCCCCGGGGGCCGCCCUCCAGCCGCUGCACUGUGCCCCGUGCACGGCGGAGAAGCUGGCGCUGUGCCCGCCGGUGGCUGCCGGCUGCCCGGAGAGGGCCCAUCAGCCGGGCUGUGGCUGCUGCCAGACCUGUGCCCUCCAGCUGGGGGAGGCCUGCGGGGUGUACACAGCGCGCUGUGGCCUCGGGCUCAGCUGCCAGGUGCGGCCAGGGGAGCUCAGACCCCUGUUUGCCCUGACCCAUGGGCAAGGGGCAUGCCUGCCAACAGCAGAUGCAGAAGGGAUGCGGAUGGCAGAGGCUGCAGACUCUCUGGAACCUGAGGAUGCACCUCCAGAAAUUACUGAAAUAGCACAGGAUCAGCAGUUCAACUAUCAACUGUUUCCCAUUGGCCAGGACAAGUCUCUGCCUUGGAACGCCAUCAGUGCUUAUGAAAACAUGAAAGCAAAGAGGAUCACCGAACUAAAGAAAUGGAAGGAGCAGGGACCUUGCCAGAAAGAUCUCUACAGGGCACUGGAUAAAUUAGCUAAAGCCCAGCAGAGAACUGGAGAAGACCUAUACAAAUUCUAUUUACCAAACUGCAACAAGAAUGGAUUUUAUCACAGCAAACAGUGUGAAACUUCGCUGGCUGGAGAGCCUGCUGGAUGUUGGUGUGUCUAUCCAAGGAGUGGGAAAAGAAUUCCUGGAUCUCCUGAGUUGAAAGGCGACCCUGAAUGCCAACAGUAUCUCAGCUCACAAGAAUAAGACCAAACACAUGACAGCAUUUCCAUUUGCUCAUACGAAGACUGUUGCAGGGCCUGAUCCUGCCAUCAUUUAUGCCCAAUUCACCAAGGUACUUAAAUAUGUGUCAACUUUAAGCAUAUGAGCAGACCCACUGUUGGUAGUGCUCACUCCCACAAGGCAUACCAUUGAAUUCAGUGGGACUAGUCACACAUGUCUAAGUGAUUGCAGAAUUGGGCCCCAUAACCUGAAUAUUAUAUAUAUAUAUAUAUAUAUUAUAAUGAACUGCUUUUGUACUCUACAGAUGCCAUGGUAUGUAAACCCACUGAAUUAUUUAUUUCACAGUAAAUUUAUUUUUUGUGUCUGUGUUAAUUUAUAUUCUCAAACACUUCAUAACUUUAUAUGUAAAUACAUAAUAUUAUUGCUCUUAAAGAUAUGCAUUUUUCUAUUCUAGAAUAGCACUGCUAGUUAAACUUCAGUUGGAAUAAUACUAAAUAUCAGAGGGAAAUGGCAUAUAAAAUUUGCAUUUUGUAUUAUGUAUUUAUAGAUUGCAGCUGUAAAGCUGAAUUUUUUAGAAAAAAGCUGUUAGAAAAGAACAGGGUUAGGAACUUAUUAAAAACGCAUUUCGUUUGUAUAGCAUGUUGCUUUUCCACCUCUGUUUCAAUGUCAAUCUGUUUUGUUUUUUGCCUUUUAAGGAAUAUUGACUCUGGAAUAUAUAGUGAAACACUGACAGGAGAAUAUUAGUUUAUAUUUUCCAAACAUAUGCACUGGAUAUAUUGUAAAAAUAACAGGAAAUAUUGUACAACCUUUAACAGGUAAAUUGUUCACAUGCUGACAUUGUCAUGUUAUUUAAGAUGAGCUAUUAAAUAAUUUCCUUUGGACACUGCUGGCUUGU